AUGCCUCUGCUGAUUUCCAAGAUCGAGGGCAGAGGUAACGGUAUUCGUACAGCCGUGGUCAACACUUCGGAUGUGGCUAGAGCAUUGUCGCGACCUCCUUCAUACGUGAUCAAGUUCUUUGGUUUUGAAUUGGGUGCCCAAACAUCGAUUUCUGAAGCCUCGGACAGAUACAUUGUCAAUGGAGCCCACGAUGCUCCUAAGCUCCAGGAUCUCCUGGAUGUAUUUAUUGCCAAGUUUGUCUUGUGUUCUGCUUGUAAGAACCCCGAGACUGAUAUCAUUGUCUUGAAAGACGGCAACUUGACUAGAGAUUGUAAAGCUUGUGGUCAACGUACUCUGAUUGACCCUCGUCACAAGCUUUCUUCGUUCAUUCUCAAGAACCCUCCUUCUUCUGCCAAGGGUAAGAAGAAGGCCGCCACUGCUUCUGCCCAUGUCGGUGGUGGUGUUUCUCCUUUGACCAUCAAUGGAACUGGUACUGAAGGUUCUGGUGAAGACGGUGCUGCCAAUGGAGCUGAUGUUUCUGGAGCUACCAAUGGGGCUGAUGGUGAAGAUGGUGAUAACUCUGAUGACGAGUUGACCCGUCGUAUCAACGCCGAGGCUUCGACCUUGCCCGAACUCGACGAUGCUGCUGACGACGACGAUAACUGGGCUGCCGAUAUGUCUGAAGAGGCCAUUCGUGCUCGUCAAAAGGAGGUUGAGAAGAGUCUCGCCGUUCUGAAUAUCGAUGACGACGAUGAGGAGGGUGCUGACGAUGUCCGAUACACCGACUUUGGCGAGUGGAUCGAGUGUACUGAGGACGCCACCGAUGUCGAUAUUUACAAGAAGGCCUGUGAUCUCGGCAUCUCGACGAAACACCGUACCGUGCAAGUUCUCGCCCAAACUCUGUUCACUGAGGAGAUUGUGAAGGAGAUCCCUGAGCACGCUGGUCUGCUUGGCAAGCUCAUUACCUCGAAAAACCAUGAAAAGGCUCUCUUAGGAGGUAUCGAGCGUCUGAUCGGACUCCAGUACCCGGACAAGAUCAAGGACGUGCCCAACGUGCUCUUCAAGCUGUACGACCACGACCUGGUCUGCGAGGAAGUCGUCACCAAAUGGGGUUCUCGAGCCAGCAAAAAGUACGUCGACAAAGAGGUGUCUAAAAAGGUCCGUAAGGCUGCCAAGCCCUUCCUCGAGUGGCUCGAAGAGGCCGACUCCGAGAGCGAGGAAGAGUCCGACUAG